UCUGUCGCGCUUUCCUAGAGUGGCCCGGAAGUGUCUCGGGACACUUCCUGAGACCCGGCCAACUUCCUGCUGCUGCCAGCCACCGUCAGCUACCGCAGAUAGCUUCCUUCAGGUUCCGAGGGCGUUCAAGGCUCGGCAACUGUGGUUAGGACCUUCUCUUCGGACUGGUCAGGAGACGGGAAGAAAGGAUGUCUGCUUUGGGGGCUGCAGCUCCAUACUUACACCAUCCAGCUGACAGUCACAGUGGCCGGGUCCGUUUCCUGGGUUCCCAGCCCUCUCCAGAAGUGACGGCAGUGGCUCAGCUCUUGAAGGACUUAGACAGGAGCACCUUCAGAAAGUUGUUGAAACUUGUAGUCGGGGCCCUGCAUGGGAAAGACUGCAGAGAAGCUGUGCAGCACCUCGGUACCAGCGCCAACCUGUCAGAGGAGAGGCUGGCCGUCCUGCUGGCGGGCACACACACCCUGCUCCAGCAGGCUCUCCGGCUGCCCCCAGCCAGUCUGAAGCCAGAUGCCUUCCAGGACGAGCUCCAGGAACUUGGCAUUCCCCAAGAUAUGAUUGGAGAUCUGGCCAGUUUGGCAUUUGGGAGUCAACGGCCUCUUCUCGACUCUGUAACCCAGCAGCAGGGAUCCUCGCUGCCUCACGUGUCUUCUUUCCGGUGGCGCGUGGAUGUGGCCAUCUCAACCAGUGCUCAGUCUCGCUCCCUGCAGCCGAGUGUCCUCAUGCAGCUGAAGCUCACAGAUGGAUCGGCACACCGCUUCGAGGUACCCGUAGCCAAAUUCCAGGAGCUGCGGUACAGUGUAGCCUCAGUCCUUAAGGAGAUGGCAGAGCUGGAGAAGAAGUGUGAGCGCAAGCUGCAGGACUGAACCCUGGUACUGUGGGAGCUGAGGCUGGUACCUGAACCCACACACUGGUGAGGACUGAAGGACGCAUUAUAAGUGAAAAGACAGCUGGGACUCUCGGGUAAACAGCUGGGCAGGGUGGCACUCUUUAUAAUCUCAGCACUUGGAAGGCUGAGGCUGGAGAAUGGGAAAUGUAAGGUCGGCUUGGGUUUUACAUAGUGAGGCCCAGUUUUGAAUUAAAGAGGUAAAGCAACUAUUAAA